GCCUCGGCUCGGCAUCUCCUAAAGGGGCCCUCCGACUUCGGGCUGGGCCAGUCUGGCGCGCGGUGGCGGAGCCGGGCACUGCUUUCCGGGGGCCCCGAGCGCGAGGCACUUCUCCCCGGAGUUGUGCGCAACUUUCCCCGGCCCUGGCGCGGCUCGGCUCGGGGAGCGCGGACGCCGCAGGUUGCUGAACCCCGAGCCCGGCUGCACGCACCUCGGCUGCGCGCCGGCGCUCCCUCUGCGCGCGCACCCCGGGGGUCCCCGGGGCUCCGCGGGCGAGAUGCCUUUGGGGCACAUCAUGAGGCUGGACCUGGAGAAGAUCGCCCUGGAGUACAUCGUGCCCUGUCUGCACGAGGUCGGCUUUUGCUACCUGGACAACUUCCUGGGCGAGGUGGUGGGCGACUGCGUGCUGGAGCGCGUCAAGCAGCUGCACUACGACGGGGUCCUGCGGGACGGCCAGCUGGCGGGGCCGCGCGCGGGGGUGUCCAAGCGGCACCUGCGGGGCGACCAGAUCGCGUGGAUCGGGGGCAACGAGGAGGGCUGCGAGGCCAUCCACUUCCUCCUGUCCCUCAUCGACAGGCUGGUCCUGCACUGCGGCAGCCGGCUGGGCAAAUACUAUGUCAAGGAAAGGUCCAAGGCAAUGGUGGCUUGCUAUCCGGGAAAUGGAACGGGUUAUGUUCGCCAUGUGGACAACCCCAAUGGUGACGGCCGCUGUAUCACCUGCAUCUAUUACCUGAAUAAGAACUGGGAUGCCAAGCUACAUGGAGGGAUUCUCCGGAUAUUUCCAGAAGGGAAAUCCUUCAUAGCAGACGUGGAGCCCAUUUUUGACAGACUCCUCUUCUUCUGGUCGGAUCGCAGGAACCCACACGAAGUGCAGCCUUCCUAUGCAACCAGGUACGCUAUGACUGUCUGGUACUUUGAUGCUGAAGAGAGAGCAGAAGCUAAAAAGAAAUUCAGGAAUUUAACUAGGAAGACUGAAUCUGCCCUCUCUGAAGACUGACUGUGUUCUGAAAUCCACCGGCCCUGCUAGUAAUGGUUCCUGAAUUCCUUUUAAGAGAUGAGAUCCAAAGAUGGCCUCCACAGAGACCGUGAAAGGCCCGUACUGCUUGCUCGUUCACAUCCCUGUCUUGUGUGUGGUACUUCGUGUUUUCUACCAGGACUUGAGACACUCUCUGCCAGAUAAACUUGGUUGCUAACUCCAGAAAUACCUGCAGACCUCCUUGCUGGCCGGCAGUGUGACCGAUGGAUUUGGGACUAUAGCUGCUGAACCAAGAGCCCUGGAGCUGGGAGAAGCGCCUACUUGCACUUUAUGUAUGCUUCCCAAUUUGAAAGGAGGAGGUUUCAAGAAAGAGAAAAAACCCAAUAUGGUGACGGAUGCCGCAGAGAAUCACCCAUGAAGCCUUAACAGCAGGAAACAGAAAUUUGUGUCAUCUGAACAAUUUCCAGAUGUUGUUAAUCUGGGACUGUUGGGGUUUCUGGAGAAUUAUGACGACCUAAUGACAUUAUUACCUCUAGAAAGGGCUGCUGUCACAGUGAUCAGUUUGUAAGGGGUGGGGGUGGGGACGGACGGACACGCCUUUCCUGGUCCUACAACCUGGACUUGACUUUUGCCCCAUUUUGCUGAAUUAGUGACUUUCCGAUUGAAGAGGACAAUGCCACUUACUCUGUAUUUUCACUCCUUUCUUGGAGAACCUAAUUAUCCAGAGAAUAAAACUAGAUGUGUGGUUUGGGUUGUUUGCUGUAAUUGGGCUUUGAAUUUAAAUUAAGGGCUAAAACUCUCCCUGGUAAUUUAGUGCUAGCAAGAGCAAAUUCUAGUGAUAGACAGUAACUGUGGAUGUGGCGAACAGCUUCGGGGGAAGAUGGGCUUGGAAACGUAGAUCCCCGUUUCUCGGUGCUCCUUUUUAAGGAGCACAUCCUCCUUAGCAACAGAAAGAAGCUGAAAUUCAAACAUCUCAUGGCUGUUUGAACCCCUCCCCGUGGCCUUUCCCGCCAGCCUUUCCUUAGCCAACUUGACUCUCUGGAGCAAUUGGUUGGUAGUGUGGUCAGAAAUUGCGGGAUUUGCUAGGACUGUGGAAAGCCUCACUGCUUGUGGGAAGCAGGUACCACUCCUCAAGUGCUCCUUAUCAAGCACCCGUUUUUAUUGACAUUACCCCUCCUAGUUUUCAUUUCUAUUUUUAUGUCUUUUAAAUCCCUUUAACUUAUUACGUGACUUCCAUGGACAUUACAGAAUCAGAAAUACUUUAUUUUGUCACAUUCAUCCAUACAGACUUUCCAAGAAAGAAGUUUGUUUUUUCCUUUUAUGGCUUUGGAAAACGUCCAGAAAGAACUUGUCAUCCUGUUCUCACAACUGCUCUAUUUUAUUUUAUUAUAGUUCUUACCACCUUCUAAAUUACCACAUCAUUGACUUAUUUAUUAUGUUGUCUUGUGUCUUUCAUCUGGAGUGAAGGCAAUGAAGACAGGGAUUUUGUAUGGUUUUAAUCAAUGCACUAUAUUGGCCGCACUAAACAGUGCCUGGCUUAUAGUAAGGGCUUAGUAAAUCCUCUGAAUAAACUUGGUCUCCUCUGAA